GCAAAACCCAAAUUUACUGCUAAGUCUUGGCUAUCCUUUUCUUCAAAAAAUGUUUCAGUAAUGGCGGUCUUCAGGUCCCUGAAAGCCCUAAUUGAAAACCCUAAAAGAUCGAGAACCUUCCUCACGGCCACAGCCUCAUCCAUCUCGGCGCCUCUUCAGUAUCCUGCUCUCUCUUACCCUCUCUCUCACCCUCUCUUUCGCUUGCCGUCUCAGAUUUCUAGGACCUUUCUCUCUCCACUCUCCAAUUGGAUCAUUCCUUUUCAUGGACCGCUCUUCCUCUCUUGCCCUCCAUGGAAGCUCUCGCAGUCCGCCACUCCGCUCUACCUUCGUGAGAACGGUGUCGUUCUCAGAAAGAUCGAAGCUUCCUUAAGCUUGAAUCUCCUACGGAGGAGACCGAGCUUCCCGCUCCCAUUUGAGGUCGGGUCACUCUCGCCUGCUCCGACCGUGUUGGAUAGUGGUGUCGGGUUGAAAGAGGCCAGUGAUGAUUUCGUCAAUUUGCCCAAUUUGAUCUCCAUAAGUCGGAUGGCUUCGGGUCCUUUGCUUGGAUGGAUGAUUGCAAAUGAAUGGUAUUCUUCUGCAAUGGUGGGGUUGGCUAUCUCUGGGGCAACUGAUUGGUUGGAUGGAUACAUGGCUAGGAGGAUGAAGAUCAAUUCUGUUGUUGGUUCCUACCUGGAUCCCCUUGCUGACAAGGUUCUUAUUGGAUGCGUUGCUUUGGCCAUGGUGCAUAAGGGUCUUCUUCACCCUGGACUUGUUGGACUCAUUGUGUUUCGGGAUGUUGGCCUUGUUGGUGGUGCAGUAUAUCAAAGAGCUAGUAACUUGGAGUGGAAGGUGAGACCUUUCUCUCUUUGUCUUUGGAAAAGUUGGUCCGACUUUUUCAACAUUGGUGAAACCCGUCCCGAGAAGGUUGAACCGCUCUUUAUUAGUAAGCUUAACACGGUCUUCCAGUUGAUUUUAGUUGCGGCAGCUCUGCUUCAACCAGAGUUUGGAACCCAAGAUACUCAAAUAUACAUUACAUACUUGAGUUGGUUAGUGGCAUCAACAACAGUGGCUUCUACAGCAGCAUACGGAGCACAACACUUGAGGAGAUCUGCAUUGGCUGCACGGAAAUCCUAAUUCAAAUAACACGGCAAAUCUUUCAGUCUGCAACCUUCAUGGAUUUCAAAUGCAACAUAAGCUAUGUACUUAUGAGAAGAAUUUUGACGAACAAGCUCCUUGUUAUUCACAUUUGGGAAAUCAAAUCACUCUCGCAGUUCUCGUGAGCUACGAGCGAAGAUUGCGUGGAAGGAAAUAAUGACAAGGGAUGUCAACUCAGCGAAGCUGUGAACAAAGCUGUGAACAGUAGCAAUGAUAGAUAGCUGACCUGUAUAGAAUUAGAGAAAUUUUGAAAAGGAAAUUGUAACAGAUGCUGAUGUCGGACAAGAGUUGUUGGAUGUCCAAGCUUGUAUAGUUUUUCGAAAGCUUCUUUCAGCUCGCGUACACCAGUUACUUGAAUUAUUAAUUGAUUUCUCUUCUGGUCUUAAGCCUC